CGUGACCUUUUUCCGAAGCUCAACCACGAGGUAAUAACUAUGACGAAGAAUUGGCCGCCUCUGAAGAAUGACCGACUCCUACGAGCCGCGCGAGGUGCGUUGAGACCGAGUCACACAUGGCGUCAAGACGUGUGCAGGAGAACAACCCGAACAAAACCCCGACCGCUAAAACAGAUGUGCAGGCGAGAAAGUUGACAGGCCACCAAUAUGGGUGAUGCGACAAGGUACGGAGGACGCUGUUGGUGCUGUUGCUGCUGCUGUGGCAGCUGUCAGUGCCCAUGCCCAUGGCCCAUGUCCCCCUCUGCCUCGAUUUGAAAUCUCUUUUUAUCUCUAGUCGCCGUCUUUUCUCCUUCUCCCAGCUUCCUGCUGACAUUCCGCUCUACGCCAUGGAUACAAUACAGCCGGCCGCUAUCUCCCCGAGUACCACCAGGCCAAGGGCAAGCACGACUUCUUCGAGUGCUGCCGGUCGCCCGAGAUCGCGUCCACGCUGACGCUACAACCUAUCGAGCGGUACGACGGGCUCAUCGACGCGGCCAUCAUCUUCUCGGACAUCCUGGUCAUCCCGCAGGCCAUGGGCAUGGAGGUGCUGAUGGUGGACGGCGUGGGGCCCAAGUUCCCGCACCCGUUACGCAGCCCGUCGGACGCGCAGUACCAGGAGAUUGUGAAGCGCGAGGUCGACGUCAAGAAGGAGCUGGACUACGUGUACAAGGCCAUCGCGCUGACGCGGGAGAAGCUGGCCGGCCGCGUGCCGCUGUUUGGCUUCUGCGGCGCGCCCUGGACGCUGCUCUGCUACAUGGUUGAAGGCGGCGGGACGAAGCUGUUCCGGGAGGCCAAGACUUGGGUUUACAGGUACCCCGAAGAGAGCAAGGUGCUCCUGCGCAAGAUGGCCGCCAUCUGCGUCGAGUACCUCGCCCUGCAGGUGGCCGCUGGGGCGCAGAUUGUGCAGGUCUUCGACUCCUGGGCGGGGGAACUGUCGCCCGCGUCGUUCAAGGAGAUCUGUCUGCCGUCCUUAGGCUACAUUGCGGAGAACCUACCCAAGCGGCUACGGGAGAUGGGCGAGGACGUGGUCCCCAUGGUUGUCUUUGCAAAGGGCGCGUGGUACGCUCUCGACGACCUGUGCGAGCUGGGGUACGAUGUGGUGGGCCUGGACUGGCUGCACGAUCCCCAGGAGGCAGUCAAGAUUGCGAGAGGCAGAGUCACCCUGCAGGGCAACGCCGACCCGGGCGUGCUCUACGGGAGCCGCGAAGCCAUCACGAAAGUAGUCGAGAACAUGGUUGAGGGCUUUGGGGGAGGCAAGGAACGAUGGAUCGUCAAUCUGGGCCACGGCGUGACGCCGGGCGUCAAUCCUGAUGAUUUGAAGUUCUUCUUUGAGGAGAUCCACCGGUGUACUGCAUGAUCUCUGCGAGGGAAAACAGGAUAGACGCCGCCGCUUACGGUCCAAGGGGGCACACGGACGGUCGAGGAGAGGUUCGCUGUGUCUCAUUGCUCGCCGAUAUCCUCAUUCCUACGUAGCAAGGUUUCAGUAAGGCUUCAAUUCAGUAUGAGACACCAACCACAAACCAAAAGACGAGAUGCUAGGUCGAAGCAAUGCCGGUUGACCCAAAAAUAAAAAAGAGACGACGUACCAAACAUUAGGCUUCUCCGUGAUAAACCUCGC